AUGGUUAAGAUACCAUGUCUAGUCGAUGUGUGCAUGGUUCCGCUGGGAACAGGAUCUGCAAGUGUUUCCGAUUUCGUGGCUGUUGUCGAGAAGAAGAUCCGCGAAAGCCACCUGAAAAGUACUCUGCAUAGCGCUGGUACCACAAUUGAAGGACCGUGGGAUGAAGUUACGGGGCUAAUUGGUGAGCUUCAUGAGUAUGCUCAUGAACUCGGUUACGUUAGAGUUCAUACAGACAUUAGAAUAGGAACAAGAGUCGACAAAGCCCAAACGGCCGCAGACAAGGUGGAUGCAGUUUUGGAAAAGCUAAAGUAG